AUGGAUGACACGUCCCUCCCGGACACGGACCCCCACGGGAGCAUCCAAUACGAGCAGUUCGAGAAACUGAAGCAGACGAAGGUGUUGCUGAGUGAGAAGCUCAUUAGGCACGACUGGUCGCAGACAGCCGAUCGCGUUUUCUUAACGCUAUACAAGAAGGGCCUCCGUGAAAGCGACUGCCUCCACUAUGUUGAAGACGGCCGUCUCUCAAUUAUUAUUAAAAUGGACGCGGACGAGAUGUACCUCCUCGAAAAACGACUCUUCUCAAAAAUAAUCCCCAGCCGGACCAGCGUCUCUGUAACUCCAAUGAAAGUCGAAGUGACACUCCAGAAGCUCCAACCAGACGUUGAAUGGCCUCAACUGGAAAAACUCGAGGAGAACGAAAAGGAAAAAGCGAACGGAGUAGCAAAAAGAAAGGAAGACCUUCUGAACCCUUUCAGUGGAAAGAGCACCCACGAAUGGGACAAGAUAACAAAGUCCAUAAAGGAAGACGAGGAGGAGGGAAGCAUCGAUACCUUCUUCAGGAAAAUAUAUAACGAAGGCGACGACGAUACGAAGAGAGCCAUGAUCAAGUCAUUCCAAACCUCCCGGGGGACGGUCCUCUCCACAAAUUGGAAAGACGUCCAGCACAAGAACUACGAAAAGGACAAACCCCUACCGGACGAGAAGGAAACACAUUGA